CUCUCCGUCUUCCCUGUGCGGUAUAUAUCCAUCUGCGUGCGUCUCUCUCUCUCUCCAAUGCUCGCUCUCUUGCUUUCUCUCUCGCUCUCUCUCGAUAUCUCUCUCUCUCACUCUCCCGUCUCUCCAGCGUCGUCGAUCAGCUCCAAUGAAAGCGACGCGCUCCUAACGAACGCCCGGAAAACAUCGGUCUCAUCGAUUCCACGAGAGGAGACGACCACGCGUUCAAGCUGCGACAUUCCCCGUGUAUCACGCGCAGUGUUUAUCAUUACACGUACUAUUUACAUUCAUCAGCACCACCGUCACCAUCAUUUUAGAUAUUGUUUAUCAACGGCUCUAUCAUCUUCACCAUCAUCUUCACCAUCAUCAUCAGCAGCAGCAUCAUAAUCAACAUCAGCAUUAACAGCUGCAGCAACACUACAAACGAUAUCAUCGUUAUUAUCAACACACACUUUUACCAUAAGCAACACCGGCAUCACAAUCAGCAGCAGCAUCACCUAAGUCAACAUCAUCUAAAUCUGCAGCAGCACCACCAUCGCCACGAUCAUUGUUUUUUUUUAAACACAUGCUCCAUCACCAUAAGCAGCAGCUAUAAAUUCAUCACCACCAGCAUCAUCAUCAUAAUCAUCUAACAUCCUCAUCAUCAUCAUCGGCGGGCAUGCAGAAGCUAUUGCAUUACAAUGACGAGCACAUCAUGCACGUGGCACGGGUGGCGCGCGUCGAAGGCUCGCGCCGCGGCUACCUCCGCGUCCGCCUCGCCGCCGGCGUCGGACCCGCGCUGCCCGCGUUACCCGCACUGCCCGCACUGCCCGGACUGCCCGGGGUCUCGACCGGCGGGCCCGGUGGGCCGGGUGGGCCAGACGGGCCCUUGGGAGCACCCGACGGGACGUGCCCGCAGCAGCAGGACCCAUGGCCGUGGCGAGCGGCGUGGUGCGCGCUCCACCAGAAUCUGCUCUUCUGCUUCGAGAGCGAGGGUAGCGCGCGGCCUCACUCCGUCUUCCUCCUGGAGGACUCCGCGUGCGAGCGGCCUCACCGCUCGGGCCACGAGGAGGAGCAGGAGGAGGAAGACGGUCAGAUGGAGCUGGUGGUCCGGUUCGGGCCCGACGGGCAGGGCGCACUGCACCUGCGCGCCCUGGACGAGGGAGAUCGGGACGCGUGGGUGGCUGCCAUCUCGCGGUGCAGCUACGAGUCGGUACGUGCGGAGCGAGACCGCGCGCUCCACAAGUACCAGCGGCUGCUGCGCCUCGCUGAGGCCGAGAAGGCGCUGGGGGCGAGCAUCCGCGAGCACCUGGACGAGCAGGAGAGCGAGGCCGACAAGCUGAGGGCCGAGGUGAGGGAGGUGGUGAGUCUCAACAGGAGCAAGGAGCGCAUGUACGCGGUCGGUGAGGACAGCGACGAUGAGGAUGAAGACCCCGACAUCCGGAAGAUCAAGAAGGUCCAGAGCUUCCUGCGCGGCUGGCUGUGCCGGCGCAAGUGGAAGGCGAUCGUGCAGGACUACAUCCGCUCCCCGCAGGCCGAGUCGCGGCGCAAGCGCAACCAGCUGGUGUUCUCCAUGCUGGAGGCCGAGGGCGAGUACGUGGCGCAGCUGCGCGUCCUGGUCACGGGCUUCCUGCGCCCGCUGCGCAUGGCCGCCAGCUCCAAGCGCCCGCCCAUCUGCCACGACGACGUCAGCGCCGUCUUCCUCAACAGCGAGACCAUCAUGUUCCUGCAUCAGAUCUUCCACCAGGGCCUGAAGGCUCGCAUCGCCAGCUGGCCCACGAUUGUCUUAGCGGACCUGUUCGACAUGCUGCUGCCCAUGCUGAACAUCUACCAGGAGUUUGUGCGGAACCACCAGUUCAGCCUGCAGGUGCUCGCCAACUGCAAGCAGAACCGCGAGUUCGACAAGCUGCUCAAGCAGUACGAGAGCCGCGCCGAGUGCGAGGAGCGGACCCUGGAGACUUUCCUCACCUUCCCCAUGUACCAGAUUCCGCGCUACAUCGUGACGCUGCACGAGCUGCUGGCGCACACCCCGCAGGAGCAUGUGGAGCGCCGGAGCCUUGAGUUCGCCAAGUCCAAGCUGGAGGAACUGUCCAGGAUCAUCCACGACGAGGUGAGCGAGACGGAAAACAUCCGCAAGAACCUCGCCAUCGAGCGCAUGAUCGUGGAGGGCUGUGGCAUCCUGCUGGACACGAGCCAGACCUUCGUGAGGCAGGGCUCCCUGCUGCAGGUGUCCACCGCCGAGAAGGGCCGCAUGAGCCGAGGGCGCCUCGGGUCGCUCACGUCGAAGAAGGAGGGCGAGCGGCAGUGCUUCCUCUUCACCAAGCACCUCAUCAUCUGCACGCGCGCUUCCGGGGGCAAGCUGCACCUUAACAAGAACGGCGGGGUGCUCCCCCUGCUGAAUUGCACUCUUCUGGAGGAUCUGGAACCUGCGGAUGAUGAGGCGCGCAGUGCGGUGCAGGACCUGGAGUUCCGCUUGGCGAUCGAGGCCGGAGACACCCCGCCCUGCAUUGUGCUCGUCGCUGCGUCCAGGCAGCAGAAGGCAGCGUGGACCAGUGACAUCAGCCAGUGCAUCGAUAACCUGCGCUGCAAUGGCCUCAUGAUGAACGUGUUUGAGGAUAACUCCAAGAUCUCCGUGCCGCAGAUGGUCAGGUCGGACCGCAGCCUGUACUGCGACGGCGCCGACAUCCGCUUCAGCCGCACGCUCGACUCGUGCAAGGUGCCCGUGAUCCGCGCGGCGAGCGUGAGCCGCUUGCUCGAGCGCCUCACCGACCCUCGCUUCCUCAGCAUCGACUUCCUCAACACCUUCCUCUACUCGUACCGCGUGUUCACCACGGCCACCGCGCUGCUCGCCCGCCUUGCCGCGGGCUACCGUCGCCCACUCAGCGCCGUGCCCGCCAGCUCGCUGGAGCUGUUCUUCUCGAGCAGCCUGCCGGGACGCCCGCACUACGGCGAGCCCCCAAAAUCUCCCCGCGCUUGCCGCAAGUUCUCCACUCCCCUCUCCCCGACGUCCCCUCCGGGCGCCGUCAUCGCCACCAUCGCCACGUCUCCCCCGCCCGGGACGAGUGGCGGCAACGGCGGCGGCGGCGCCGUCAUCGUCGGCGUGAGCGUCAGUGUCAGCGUCAGCGUCAGCGAGGCCCCCGCGGCCAGCGACACCGACGUGGCCACCUCCCCCCUUGCUGCCGCCCCCGCCGCAGCCGGCGCUGCCGUCUCCGAGCCGGCGUCGCCGCUCACGUCCCCCACGUGCCUCCCGGCCCCCGGCGCCAUCGCGGGGGUUCCCUCGCCGUUCCGCGGGCGCCGGAAGAUGUCGCUGAACGCGCCUCUCAUCCAUGAGCCGCCGGUGCACGCCGCCCUCCCCCGCGGUGCCGAUGAUGCCGCUGCUUCCUCGGCCGGAUCUCCCGACGGACGAGGAGGCUCCGGAGGAGGUGGUGAUGCUCGGAGGUCGCCCCUGGAUGCUGAUCAGCACGAGACGGGACCUCUGCGGUCCCCCAUCACCCCGCGCCACCGCUCCUUCCGCCACUCGGAGUUCCCCCUCUUCCACGUGGGGUCGACGGCCGAGGUCGGGGGCGAGACGCAGGAGAAGAUCCGACGGCUCUCCCUGGCUGGUUUCUCCAUCGCCGAGCACCGCAUGCUCGACAAAGAGUUCAUCAUCCGGCGUGCGGUCACCAACCGCGUCCUCAACGUCCUGCGCCACUGGGUGUCCAAGCACUCGCAGGACUUUGAGUCGGACUCGGAUCUUAAGUCGGCCGUGGUUCGGCUCCUGGAGGAGAUCUCUCGCGACACAGAGCUCAUCGGCCAGGAGCGCAAGGCAGCUGCCAACAUCCUGAGAACCUUGACGCAAGAGGAGUCGGAGGACAUCCCGAUGACAGUGGAGCAACUCGCGCUCACGUGCGAGGGCCAGCGCGGCGAGGCGUUCGAGUCGUUCACUGCGGUGGAGCUGGCGGAGCAGCUCACCCUGCUCGACCACCUCGUGUUCCGCAGCAUCCCCUACGAGGAGUUCUUUGGCCAGGGCUGGAUGAAGCUGGACAAACACGAGCGAGCGCCGCACAUCAUGAGGACAAGCAAGCACUUCAACGAGAUGAGCAACCUGGUGGCGUCGGAGGUCGUGCGCCGGGCGGAGGUGGCGUCGCGCGCCGCCGCCAUCGAGAAGUGGGUCGCCGUCGCAGACGUCUGCCGCUGCCUCAACAACUACAACGGCGUGCUGGAGAUCCACUCGGCGCUGAACCGCACCGCCGUGUUCCGCCUCAAGAAGACCUGGCUCAAAGUCUCCAAACAGACUAAAACCCUGUUCGAGAAGAUGCAGAAGGCGCUGUCGUCUGAAGGGCGAUUCAAAAACCUGCGGGAGAUGCUGAAGAGCUGCGACCCACCGUGCGUGCCCUACCUGGGGAUGUACCUCACCGACCUCGCCUUCAUCGAGGAGGCGACGCCAAACCUCACCGACGACUGCCUCGUCAAUUUCUCCAAGAUGCGCAUGAUCACCCACAUUCUGCGCGAGGUGCGACAGUUCCAGCAGACGCCGUACAAGCUUGAGCCGGACCCCAGGACGCUGCAGUACCUGCUGGAGCGCUCGAUGCUUCUGGACGACGACAGCCUCUACGAGCUCUCGCUGCAGCUCGAGCCGCGCCUGCCCACGUGAUGGGGGAACCGGGGGGGGGGGGCAGGGGUGGGAGGGGCGGCCGGGAGGGGCCGCUCGCUACGACGGGGGGGGGAGGGGGGGGGCCGACAACAACGCUUGUGCCGUGCGACGGCGCGCGACGGCGCGGGGCGGGAUGGCGGGUGAGCGAGCUGGCCGGUGAUCGAGUCGGGUGGAUCACGACCCGGCCACUACGCCAAACGCGCCGCCGCCGCCGCCCCCUUCCACAGGACGACUUUGAGCUGGGCGCUCGCUCCUCCUGCUCAUCCUAAUUCCAUCUCCUCCUCCUCCUCUUCCUUAUCGUCGCCUGCACGUGAAAAUCCAACGUUACCAAAACUGUGCGCAUGCAUAGGUACUCGUGCGCCGACAAUAAACUGCGGCGUCCCGCAUGCGGCGCGUGCGCACGUGCACGUGCGCUGCCGAGGCCCUGCGCACCACCUGAUCGCGCUGGCUGCCACCCCCUGGCAAUCGUAGAGGGGACGGAUGAACCGAUUGGCCUCGUGAGGCGCCGAGAGUGAAUGUCUUGCCAUGGACGGUCGGAGGAAGUGGCUCCAUUGCAGAUCGAUCGAUGGCUCCACGUUUUAAUGCUUUCGUUUGUUCGUCCAUUCGACCUCGCGUCCCACGCGCACCGACCUUCCCGUCGGAUUGCCAUGGAGGUCAAAGGUCAAUUUUAUUUAAGGGACGUCUUUUUGCGGCCGGCGGGGAGGCCUUCGAAUGCACAGGCGUGGGGUCCCCACCCCCCCACCCCCCUUUUUUGCGGGCAUUGAAUGUUUUCGCUAUUUCGUGACGUGUACACAUUUCAGGAGCGUCGGCUCAGACGGCCAGACGAGAGUCGCCCCUGGUGGAUGGGGUGGGGGGGGGGCACCGCUCAACGUCACCCGAGGCCGGUUCGUUUGUCACUGACGGUGGCGUCCGACGCCAAUUGGUGAAUUUCGGCGAGGUUGGAUUGUUUUUUUGUUCCUGAACGGCGUGGUUGUCGAUUGCGUUUUGAGCGAAGCGCGGUGCAGCCCUGGCAAGGAGGAGGCCGCCUCCCGGAGCGAGCGAUAGGUCUUGGCUCAAGCAAAACCACGAAGAAAAACGAAAGAAUCAGACUCAAGAGGAAGCACUGCGAAUCCAGCAAUACGUGUUUAGAAGCUAUAAUUACGAACCCACGGACUCAGGGGUGGUGGUGGUGUGUGUGUGUGUUAACCGGCCAACGGAGCAAGCGUCCGAUCAAUUUAACCGUCUUGCGGGAAACUUCCCCCGGCGUCUGACGACCCAGUCGUGGGAACGCCUCUCUCUCUCUCGGUGCACGAACGGAGCGAGUGCGAGCGACAAAAAUGUCUCCCAAACGCGCGUCGAUGUACCCGUGAACAGAUUGGGAGAUCCUAACCGAGAGAUGGCACUUUACCGGUGGUGGUGGUGAUGCUGGUGGUGCUGGUAGUGCUGUGUGUAUGUUGAACUUUUUUUGCACUGUACGUAGCCAACCGUGCUAAUCCGAGGUGCAGGGGAAGGACAACAAACUAAACGCAAAAAUCAGUUUUAAAGAUGAUUUAAAAGUGCGUAACUCCAGUGGCUUCCUAAUAUUGGAAGGAAGAGCGUUCCAGACGGCCGCAGAAGCAGCGCAUCCGAAAGCGCGCGACGCAUUUGCCCCGUCUCUGUUUGAUGGCCUGCAGGCAAAAGCCGCUGCUUGCUGCGAGGAUGGCCGCAGUUCGCGUGAUGGUGGGUUACGCUCCCCCCUGUGUUUGCAGCAGAACAGUUGAGUUGUACGUGUGCGAGAUGGGGGAUGGCAACACUUAAUGUCUGCUUGUACGCGGCUGUUUAAUAAUCCUUAAAGACGAAUGCGCACUUUUAAAGCGGGCCCCAACCACCCAUCCAGCCCCUGCUCCUCUACUCCCCUCUCCCCUCCUUCUGUUUUUGACCUGGAUCUUUGGGAUCCGUUUUGCAGUCCGAUUUUACGAUUACCAUAAUGAUCGUGAACGGACCCCCCUCCCCCCCGAUCAACAAAAGUUUGCCCAGUGCAACGCUCGGGUAGCGGAUUCUGAAAUCCGCUGCUCUAGCGUGCGUCGCGUUGCAGGAAAACACAAAGUUUGGAGGAAAAAUAAAUAAUAGUUUAGAUGCACGUGGCAUUAUUUGCGAGACAGACGCCAGGGAGAAAGGAAUCCUUUUGUCAAACGUUGGGAUGUGACCCCGGGGAGAAUGAUCUGAAAUCACAAGCUUGAGUAGGAUGCUAUUUUACGGGCGGUAUAACAGUUUACUCCCCGCACACACACACACACCAGCGAUGGGAUGAAUUUUACGCAAUUCAGGAUUAGAUUAUUUUUUUUACGUGCCGGCUAAUGUAGCGGUCUCUAGUGGCUGUAUGGGACCGACCCCCCCAGCCCGAGCCCCGUUUACGCACACCGACACUCGGAACAGAAACACGUGGAUUGUGUUAUGGGCGCGCGGCGCACGUGACUUCGACGCACGCGUUGCGAGCUAAGGGAGCCGAGGUUCACAAGGCGAUGUCGAUUCAUCGUCCGCGCCCGCUCUGCUAUUCUAACUCUUUGCAGCAUUCAAUGCAGUGAUGGGGGACAGGGGACUUCCAGCCCGCGGGCCGGACGUGACCCGCUACUUCGUUUUACUCGUCCUUGGCCACGGCAAAUCAUCGUACUCGAGGUGCAGAACAUUUUUCUGCCUGGCAAUACCGACCGCCGCGUUUGUACAUUUUGCGCGCUCGGUCAACCUCCGCCACGGCGAGGUUGCGUCUUUGUGCCCGUUCUCGAUGCGCGCGUUUGUUAUUUCCCGCGGGGUCAUCGGAUAGCGCCCAGGGGGGCAUAACGUCUGAAUGCGUGGUGGUGGUUUUGGCCAACGGGAGGUGUUUUGAAAGUCCCCUCUCUCCCCCCUUUUUUUUCUUUCCUUUCUGACCCGCGGUCAGGAAUGGGUCCCCCACUCCCGUGCAGAAGAGCUGCGCUGACGGUCGCGACGAUUGUGUUCUUGGGGUUUUUAAAGCGGAAGGCUAUGCAAUUGUGGAGAAGCCAACACAUUGUUUUGUAUGCAAGGCCUCCAUGAAUUGCUUUAGAAUUAUUAUCACUAUAACUAUAAUUUACCCAGCAAAGCCUCAAUGAGUCUCAGGACUUAUUUUCACAAGUUUCCUGCUUUGACCUCCUUGGCUUUUUGCAUUAUGAGUAUAUACACACACAUACAUAUAUAUAUUUAUUGCUUCUUGUGCCAGUAAACCGGAGUGCCCAGAGAAAACCCGCCCACGCAUGUGAGGACUCAACGCUCAAACACACUGGAUAUCUUGCUGCCCGCCACUGACGCCUCCAACCCUGGCUGCGUCUGCGCCCCGUACACCCAAUCUGACUCCAUCCCUGCAUGAUCCACAAACCCCUUGCCUCCCUGUGACCGCGUCGCAGGCGAGCGUCACUCGUCCACCUCGAUUAAAAAAGACAGCAAUGUUGAAUCGAUGCCAUGCCGGGUUCGCAGUCACCUUUAUUCAGCCACGCCGCACAGCGUCGCGUACGCGACCGCCACGCUGUGAUCCGAACUCCUGACCGAUGAGCCUGAGCCCACACUCGGUGCAGUUGUGUGACGGUCAUUUCCUAGCGGUGUUCACGAAUCCGACCUUGUCACACACACAGUAAACGUAUUCCCCCCACACCCCUAACCCCGUAUACAUUCGCUUACUUAUAAAUUACCGCAAAAGCAUCCCUCCCCCCCGCCCGUGGUCAAUGCAGUCCGCGCGUUACAUAUUUAUCAAGUCCAGGGCGUAAUUUCCUUUUUGACGUUCACAUAUCUGACCCAAGCACGUGUCCAGCCCACGGCGUGUUGAACCUACGACUUUGUAACCGCGAAACGAAGUCGAUGGUUUCUCAAGACGGCGAUUUGUCAGAAUCAGAAUGUGUAUUUAAACCGCAUGAGGAAUCCGAUGAGAUGUGAAGCUAUAUCUCACAGAUGUCCAGUCGGGUCGGGUAAGAACGUUACGACAACAAACAGUACAACAGCACGAUAUGCGUGCAAAGUACAAUAAAGGUAAACAAAUCACCCAAACACUCACAAAUGAAACUAAACCAUCCUAGCAAGACAAGGCCCACUGAGGUAUUACAUUCUUUUUCAAAAGCGACCUGGCCACAAAUGAUAGCUCAACAAUCAGUAAAUGUACUCCCCAUUCCACCCCUUGAAGCUGGGUGCAGGGCCCAGCUUUGUACAAUAGUCGUGUCCUCCCUCUCCUCCCUGCCCUGCCCUCCUUCCCCUUGUAGCAAUGAAUCAGGACCAGCAGAGGGAGUAUUAUUGUAACUAUUUAUAUAUCGGCCACGUUAAAUCGAUGGUAGGAAUGGAACAGUCCCGCUUUUCUUAAAUCAAAAUAGAAGAAGAAUCGUGGGCUCCACUGGAAUUUUGGGCCCUGGACAAAUGCCCCCCUCCCUCCCUAUCCCCCCCCUUCCUCCACUCCUAGAUCCAGCCCUGCACGGAUGCUCUUCGUGUUGUGAACGUGCUAUACCGAGGCACGCCAUUGGCGCCGCAGAACGCUGUGCUCUUAAUUGGAGUGAUGCCCACACGCUCUAUUUCGGACCUCAUUUGUGAACCGCUCUGACCCUCGGUUAAACUCAGCGGAGGGCAUCGAGAGGCAUCGAUUCAGCUGUCCUGCACCCCCCCCCACUCCCCAAAGGCCGUGUGCUUUGGCCACGAAACAUGCACGUUGAUGAGUUUGCUAUACAAGCCAUAUGCGAGACCAAGACGGGCCCUUUAUAUAGAGCAUCGCGCUACGCUGCUCAUCAAGUCCCGAUCGGGGGGGUGGGGGGGGUCGACGCGGCCUAUCGUCUAUCCUGAUGCCGUAACAUCGCGGACCACUUUUGUAGGAAAAGUCAAGGUUAUCUGCGGGUGUGGAUGUACGAUCGCUCCCGCCAUGGGAACGUGGAAUUGACGUCGCUAGCUCGGUGCUGUAGGCAGGAGGUGAGCUCGCGAGUGGGCGGACAGUCUGACGUUGGUUGUUGUUGUGGCCGGAGCAGGAGUCAAACCCGUGCCAUUCGGCUCGGCGGCGGUGAACGUUACGACCGCUGGCUCCUGUAAGUCCGUCGGUCACCGCAAGGGUCUUCGUGAACCCCGAGUCUGCGUGGCCGACCCCCGAGGCCUCUUUCGGGUCUCGGGUUUCUCACAUUUUGGAUGUCGCCGUGCGAAUGAGUGAUGGUGCCCCAAUUGCGGAUGUCGUAUUAUUCAUCGAAGUGGGAGGGGGGGGGGGGCUUUGAAGUUGGCCGCUGGGUGGGAUGUCGCGGUCGUGGUGGUUUGUUUCGUAAUGGCCGUGUCGGAGACACCCCUGUCGGUACCGCUGAGAUCCUAGAACCGAGUUCGGGUCUGAGUCGCCCAGCCGUGGUUUCGCCAGGUUCUCAGGCGCAGCGAGCCGAAGUUUAUUCAGUGCGGCCGCCCCAAUUUCCCCAACAAAACAACAACAAAAAACUAAACAAAAACCCAGAACCUCGUUCAUUUUGCUUUGUCACCCAAUUCAUCAGAUACCUCGAAACCCCCGCGAGAGAUGACAUUCCAUAGAAAUGCAUUCCAACAGGCACGCACGGCAAACUCCCUGUACGGUUGGGGGGGGGGCUUCAGGUGAGCGCCUGCACGCGGGGAAGGCCUCGGCAAAGCGACUUGGGAGGUCGCGGAUCCGUGGCGAUGACCCCCCCCCCACCCCCCGCGUCUCCCGGAGUCGAUCCCGGAAAGUGGCGCUCUGUUCUGCUCAACUUUGCGGGGUUGUCCCUGGAUGCGCGUUUUUAGCCGUGCCGUCGCUUGCGGCGACUCGAGUUGGAGCAAAACGGCGAUUAAGAUUCCUCCGCGACGAAUUAUAAAAUAAUAAAAAGAACACAAAAAUCGUAA